AUGGGUGACGUCAUCAGGAAAGCAGCCGCGCCGGCCGGCGAGGGGAGGUCCAAAAAGGCCCAGAAGAAUGAGCGGGAGUCCAUCAGGCAGAAGUUGGCUCUGGGCAGUUUCUUCGCCGAUGGCCNGGGGCUGUGGUGUCACCACUCCUUUCUCCCCUCACCUCCCCAUCCUCCCCGCAGAUUACAAAGUGGGAUGAAUCUGCAGAUUUGUUUCGUGAACGACAGCGGCAGCGACAAGGACAGCGACGCCGAUGACAGCAAGACGGAAACCAGUCUGGACACGCCAUUGUCGCCCAUGCCAACAGCAAAUUUCUUUUUCAAGCAGAGCUCGUCCUACUCCGACAGAGACACGACGGAGGAAGAGUCGGAGUCCCUCGACGACAUGGAUUUCCUCACCAGGCAAAAGAAACUCCAAGCUGAAGCCAAAAUGGCCUUGGCUAUGGCCAAGCCCAUGGCCAAAAUGCAGGUCGAGGUGGAAAAACAGAACAGGAAGAAGUCGCCCGUAGCGGAUCUCCUGCCACAUAUGCCUCAUAUAAGCGAAUGCCUGAUGAAGAGAAGUUUAAAACCCACCGAUCUAAGAGACAUGACUAUUGGGCAGCUACAGGUGAUAGUCAAUGAUCUCCACUCGCAGAUAGAAAGCUUGAACGAGGAGCUGGUGCAGCUGCUGCUCAUCCGGGAUGAGCUGCACACGGAGCAGGACGCCAUGCUGGUGGACAUCGAGGACCUGACCAGACACGCCGAGAGCCAGCAGAAGCACAUGGCAGAGAAGAUGCCGGCGAAAUGA